AUGACGGUGGCGAAGAAGACUCUGAGCACCAACUCCACCGACGGUCUCCACGUCGCGCGCUUCUGCGAGAAGGACCUGCUCCAGGAGAUAGAACGCGAGGCGGUGUUCGCGUAUGCCGACGACCCCUGCAGCGCUAACUACCCGCUGAUGAAGAAGCUUCGCAACGUGCUCGUGGAGCGCGCCCUCGCCAACGGCGCUGCCGAGUUCGACGCCGAGACAUCCGUGUUCGCCAAGGUCGCCCAGUUCGAGGAGGAGCUGCGCGCGGCGCUGCCCAACGCGGUGGAGGCUGCACGGGCGGCUGUCGAGAACGGCACGGCAGCGGUACCAAACAGAAUCACCGAGUGCCGCUCCUACCCGCUCUACCGCUUCGUGCGCGAGGAGCUCGGAGCCGUGUACCUCACCGGCGAGAAGACGCGCUCUCCCGGCGAGGAGCUCAACAAGGUGCUCGUUGCCAUCAACCAGGGCAAGCACAUCGACCCGCUGCUCGAGUGCCUCGAGGAGUGGAACGGCGAGCCACUGCCCAUCUGCUGA